AUCGCGCACUUCCGGGUGUCACGCGCCAGCGGAGCAACUGCCAUUGAAAUGCAUCUCAAUCUCUCCAUAUAUUAUAGAAGGCGAGAGGAAAUCUGGCGUAACGUUUCCAGGUGUAGGAAGUGAACAGUGCGAGUGACACUAUUGUAAAGAUGGAGUUUAUUAAAGAGGAGAGUGAAGACACGAGUGAAGCAGAAACAUGCAGAAUGAAUGAUGAAGAAACUGAGGAACAGAGAGACAUGAUGGAAGUGAAAGUGGAGUGUGAAGAACUGAAUGUAGUGGAGGAGGAUCAUCAGUAUCAGAGACCUCAGAAGGUCAUAACAGGAGAAAAGCCGUCACAGUCCGAAAGCGAUUUCUCCCAGAAAAGAACAGGAACCAAAAAAGCACCAUUCAUCUGCCCUCAGUGUGGGAAGUGUUUCACACUCAAAGUGAACCUCAAAAGCCACAUCAAAAUUCACACCGGAGAGCGUGAUUUCACCUGUCUGCAGUGCGGCAGCAGCUUCUUCAAAACGCAGAUCUGA